CGAUAGAGAGAGAGAGAGAGAAAGAGAUGAGAAUGGUGGACAUUUUCAUAUCAGGCCGGCCAUCUUCAUCUCCUUAGUUCUCUCCCCUAAGAAUCUCCUCUUCUCUCUCAUCUCUUCAUCGAUAGAGCAUGAGCACGAUGAAGAAGAAAAAGUACAGGGAUGAAUUUAUCGGAUUACAGAUUUUACAGGGUCUUCUCUUCCGCCACCACCAACGCCGUCGCCGCCUCCAUCACCUUCUCCCCUUCCUCUCCGCUCUCUCCGGCUGUUUACUCUUCCUUCUUGCUGUUCUUUUGUUUCUCUCACCUCCCACCACCACAACCCCUCGCCAUUACCACCUCACUCUCAACACAUCUGGAGUAAAGGUUCACAUGAAUGUCGAGAAAGAAAAUGUGUCUCGCGUUACGAUGAAGGGAGGAAGCUUGGGGCGGGACCUGUGGACUUCAAAUCUCUCCAAUUUCUAUUAUGGAUGCAGUAAUGCCAGCCAUUACUUUUUAGCCGCGGAGAUGCAUACGGUACCAAAUAGGUACUUAAUCAUUGCAACUAGCGGAGGCUUAAAUCAGCAAAGAACAGGGAUAGUAGAUGCUGUUGUUGCCGCCUACAUCUUGAAUGCUACCCUUGUCGUGCCUAAGCUGGACCAAAAAUCUUUCUGGAAGGAUUCCAGCAACUUCUCUGAGAUCUUCGACAUUGAUUGGUUUAUCACGUACUUGUCGAAAGAUGUGAAAAUCAUUAAAGAGCUUCCCCAAAAGGCAGGCAAAGUCUCAACUACAAGAGCUCCAAGGAAAUGCAAUGAAAAAUGCUACGAGACUCGCAUCCUGCCCAUCUAUGCGAAAAAGCGCGUACAGGCUGUUCAGCUUACCAAGUUCGAUUACAGGUUGUCAAACCGGCUUGAACUGGACUUGCAGAAACUGAGAUGUAGAGUUAACUACCAUGCGCUAACAUUUGCCGAUCCUAUUCUUCAAAUGGGUAGGAAAUUAGUUGAAAGGAUGAGAAUGAAAAGCAAGCAUUAUAUUGCCUUGCACUUAAGAUUUGAACCUGACAUGCUAGCAUUCUCUGGAUGCUAUUAUGGUGGUGGAGAGAAAGAAAAGAAAGAACUAGGUGCGAUACGAAAGCGGUGGAAAACUUUACAUACAAAAAAUCCUGAAAAGGAACGAAGGCGUGGAAAAUGCCCACUGAGUCCUGAGGAAGUCGGCCUGAUGUUGAGAGCAUUGGGUUUUGGGAAUGACGUGCAUAUAUAUGUAGCAUCCGGUGAAGUAUAUGGAGGCGAAGAAACACUGGCGCAUCUGAAAGCUCUUUUCCCAAACUUCCACACUAAAGAGACUAUUGCCAGCAAGGAAGAGCUAGCAGAAUUCUCAUCCUAUUCCUCUCGCAUGGCUGCCCUGGACUUCAUUGUUUGCGAUGAAAGUGAUGUUUUUGUCACCAAUAACAACGGGAACAUGGCAAAAAUACUAGCUGGAAAAAGGAGAUACUUUGGUCACAAACCAACAAUCAGGCCAAAUUCUAAAAAGCUGUACCGUUUGUUCCUUGAACGAGAUAACAUGACAUGGGAAGCAUUUGCUUCACAAGUGCGAACUGUCCAAAUAGGUUUCAUGGGAGAGCCGAAUGAGGUAAAGCCAGGGAAGGGUGGGUUCCAUGAACACCCAUUGCCUUGCAUAUGUGAAACUUCAGAAUCAAUGGCUACCAGAGAUCGAAAUUCUGAAGGCGCGGUCGAUAGCAAAAACGACCCAGAUCAAGGCACUGAAGAAUAUAGCGGCGAAGGAAAUGAUGACGGAUACUCAGAAGAUGAGUUAGAUCUGUCAGAAGCAGAAUAUCCAGAAUAUGACAAUGGAAUUCCAGAGAGAGUGUCGGCCAACAGAAAAGAUUCGGGUUCUGUGUUAAAACCUGAUCAACCAGAACUAGAAGAGAUUGUUUCUGAUUAGAUAGAAGGAUAAAUACUUGAAGAAAGUACUAUAUCCGAUUAGAUAGAAGGACACACUGAUAUUUGGUGCUACGGUCUGCUCAACCUAACCCAGUCCUCAACAAAAUUUUGAUCUUCUUAUUCCAACUCAGAAAAAAAAAAAACAAAAAAAGCAUGCAUCUACUGAUGCGCUGCUUCAAUGCGUGGAGUCAUAUGAGUAAACCAGGGGAAGAUCUUGUAGAUAUGGGCUUUACCAGCUAAGAGUUGAUUCUUCGAUUUUGUCAUUCAAGAUGCAGUAAUUUCUGAGGCAAUGUGUGAUAAGCUGCAUGGAUAAUUCUUUGUAAAUUAUUAAGAGAAUAAUUUCUCUUACAACCCUUUGCCUUAAAUUUGAAGGCAAUAAUGUCAUCUACACUCAACCAAGUGUUUGUAGAUGACAAUUUUCAGUUCUUGAUUUAUUAGAAUAUUUCCUGACUUGAAUUUUUU